UUGGGGCGGCGGCAAUUCGGCGGCGGCUGCUUGGGGCGGCAAAAUUGCUAGAGCCGCCCCUGGUCAUGACCCCCCGGCUAUGGGGGCUCCCAGGGAGCUGGGCGGGUGGCUGAGUCUGUGCAUUGGCUGCAGCAGCCGCAGCGCCCAGCAGGUGGCAGCACGAAGCGCCCAGCGGCUGCUGAUUGUCCCUGCCCGCAGCCCGUAGCGUGGCGAGCGGGCGCUGUGGACUGUGCCCUGCCCGGCUGCGGCCCUGCUCCCCCGGCGGCGCCCGGCCAUGGCCUCCGGCAGCGCCAUCCAGAUCCCCAGCCGCUUGCCGCUGCUGCUCACCCACGAGGGGGUCCUGCUGCCUGGCUCCACCAUGCGCAGCAGCGUGGACUCGCCGCGGAACAUGCAGCUGGUGCGGAGCCGGCUGCUGAAGGGCACCUCGCUGAAGAGCACCAUCAUCGGGGUGAUCCCCAACACCAGCGACCCCGCCUCUGACUGCGACGAGCUGCCUUCCCUGCACCGGAUUGGCACUGCUGCACUGGCAGUUCAGGUGGUUGGCAGCAACUGGCCUAAACCACAUUACACCUUGCUAAUUACUGGCCUCUGCAGAUUUCAAAUCUUACAAUUGCUCAAAGAAAAACCAUAUCCCAUUGCUGAGGUCGAACAGUUGGACCGACUCGAACAAUUUACAAACCAGACUAAAUCUGAGGAGGAAUUGGGAGAGCUGUCAGAAGAGUUCUACAAAUAUGCAGUACAGCUGGUUGAAAUGUUGGAUAUGUCUGUCCCUGCAGUUGCUAAGCUGAGACAUCUUUUAGACAAUCUGCCUAGAGAAGCUUUACCAGAUGUACUGACUUCAAUCAUCCGCACAACCAACCAAGAAAAGCUACAGAUUUUAGAUGCUGUUAGCCUGGAGGAGCGAUUCAAGAUGACUAUACCAUUGCUUGUUAGACAGAUUGAAGGCCUGAAGCUGCUUCAAAAAACCAGAAAACCCAAACAGGAUGAUGAUAAAAGGGUUGUAGCUAUUCGUCCUAUUCGGAGGAUCAAUCACAUUCCAGGGACUGCAGAAGAUGAAGAGGAGGAUGAAGAUCAUGAUGACAUUGUCAUGCUAGAAAAGAAAAUUAGAACAUCCAGUAUGCCAGAGCAAGCUCUUAAAGUUUGUGUAAAAGAAAUAAAAAGAUUAAAGAAAAUGCCUCCAUCAAUGCCAGAAUAUGCCUUGACCAGAAAUUAUUUGGAACUAAUGGUGGAACUUCCAUGGAACAAAAGUACAAAAGAUCGUCUGGAUAUUCGUGCAGCUAGAAUUCUUCUGGACAACGACCAUUAUGCCAUGGAGAAGUUGAAGAAGAGAGUUUUGGAGUAUUUAGCUGUCAGACAACUUAAAAACAACCUAAAGGGACCCAUCCUUUGUUUUGUGGGUCCCCCUGGAGUUGGUAAAACUAGCGUGGGAAGAUCUGUUGCGAAAACCCUGGGCCGAGAGUUCCAUAGGAUUGCCUUAGGAGGAGUAUGUGAUCAGUCUGACAUUCGAGGUCACAGGCGCACCUAUGUUGGCAGUAUGCCUGGUCGAAUAAUCAAUGGUUUGAAGACUGUUGGGGUUAACAAUCCAGUGUUUCUAUUAGAUGAGGUUGACAAACUGGGGAAGAGCCUGCAAGGAGAUCCUGCAGCUGCUUUGCUUGAGGUCUUGGAUCCGGAACAAAAUCAUAGCUUCACCGAUCACUACUUAAAUGUAGCCUUUGACCUAUCCCAAGUCCUUUUUAUAGCCACAGCCAACACUACUGCUACCAUCCCACCAGCUCUGUUGGACAGAAUGGAGGUCAUUCAGGUUCCAGGAUAUACACAAGAAGAGAAGAUAGAAAUUGCACAUAGACACUUGAUCCCUAAACAGCUAGAACAGCAUGGGUUGACUCCUCAGCAGAUUCAGAUUCCACAAGUAACUACUCUGGACAUCAUCACCAGAUAUACUAGAGAGGCAGGAGUCCGCUCUUUGGAUCGGAAAUUUGGAGCUAUUUGCAGAGCAGUGGCUGUGAAAGUGGCAGAAGGACACCACAAGGAGACAAAGCCAGAUCGCUCUGAAGUGACUGAAGAAGAUUGCAGAGAGCAUGUCUCAGAAGAUGCAAAAACUGAAUCAAUCAGUGACACACCCGAUCUGGCUCUGCCACCUGAAAUGCCGAUUUUAAUUGAUUUCCAUGCCUUAAAAGAUAUCCUGGGGCCACCUAUGUAUGAAAUGGAGGUAUCUGAACGUUUGAAUCAGCCAGGAGUAGCCAUAGGCUUGGCUUGGACUCCUUUAGGAGGUGAGAUCAUGUUUGUAGAAGCCAGCCAAAUGGAUGGUGAAGGUCAGCUUACUCUAACUGGACAGCUGGGGGAUGUCAUGAAGGAGUCGGCACAUCUUGCAAUUAGCUGGCUGCGUAGCAAUGCAAAGAAAUACCAGCUAACUAAUGCUUCUGGAAGUUUUGAUCUCCUUGACAACACCGACAUCCAUCUGCACUUCCCAGCUGGAGCCGUCACAAAAGAUGGACCAUCUGCUGGAGUUACCAUAGUAACCUGUCUUGCCUCACUUUUCAGUGGGCGGCUGGUGCGUUCAGAUGUAGCAAUGACUGGAGAAAUUACACUAAGAGGCCUUGUUCUUCCAGUUGGGGGAAUUAAGGACAAAGUCCUAGCAGCCCAUAGAGCUGGACUGAAGAGAAUUAUCAUUCCUCAAAGAAAUGAAAAAGACCUUGAAGAGAUUGCAAUGAACGUGCGGCAGGAUUUGAAUUUUGUUAUGGCAAGCUGCCUGGAUGAAGUUCUGAAUGCAGCUUUCGAUGGGGGAUUUUCAAUCAAGACUGGACUUGAGCGCUUGAAUAGUAAACUUUAAGCGGAUUGGGUGAGAUAUCCUGUACAUCAACAUUAAACUCUCAUUCAACUGUCAGAUGGUAAAAACGUGACCUGCAGUGAUACAAAACAUGAGGGCAAGCAUUGAGGCCUCACUGUGAUGUGCUGUGCCGUGCCACCCAUUAAAAGUUAAGGCUUGACUUUCAGUGGGGCCCCAACUCCAGUUCUACUUGACUAUUAAUAAUAGAAAGUGUUCCUGCAACUUUAUAUGCGCCAAUUUACCAAACACAUUUUAUAUAUACCAGUUCUAUCAGCAGCAUGUACAGGUAUUAAUGGAGGAGAGUACACAUACCUGCUUGCACACCCAAGCAGAGACCAAGAGUGUGAAGAUUAGGGAUAUAUUUUUUGAAAGCACCUAACCCCGUUACACACUUUUGCUCUAGAUACUUCAUGUCUCCGAUGCUCUAGUUUUGUUACUACUGUAUACAGAUGGGUUUAAUGAUAGCUCUAGUGAUCAGGCAACAGAUUUGUGUUACAUGAAGUUUAAUAUGGAUAACUUAUAUAAUUAAAAUAAAUGCACUGAGCUCAUCUGAAAAACUCAGUGAAUACGGCUUACUUUCCCAGCAAAAAAGUUGAAGUGCAUUAAUGUUUUGUCUAAAAAUCUUGCAAAUAUGCGUUUGUUAAAAUAUUACAAAACAAGAAUUUCAGAGUUGUUUCACAUUUCUUGUUUAAAAAAUGUAAAGCAUGAGUCUCCAUAACCACCUUCAUUAUGCUCAGAUACCAUUGCUCGUGUCCUGUAUUCCCUAUUUUGUUCAUUUUUGGCUCAAGGCCUUAUUUUAAAGUGCCUAAUCUUAAUGGUCAGUGGUGUAUUUUUUAACACACCCAGCUGAUAUUUAAACUAACUUGCAAAAAGCUAGGAAAUAUUUGAUAUGAUGCAUUUGUGGACCUCACGCUAAAACUUUCCAAUAGGUAAAAUUUCAGGUCUCUUACAUUAGGUAUGGGAGAAGAGUGGUUAAAAUUUGACUUAAGACCCAUCUCUUCCUUAACUAGAGAGAAAUUAGUUUCUCACCUUAAAUCAGCACAAAUAUUUAAUACACAUAUCUGUGAUAAAUGAAAUGGAGUUGUGUUGGGGGAGGUGCUCAUAGAUGUGGAAUAAAAUACAAGAUUUCACAAACCGGAGUUAGUCAAAAUGCACAAAUAUUCACCCAGUGAAUGCCACCAAAACUACUCCUUCACAACAGGAAAAAAGAUAGGAGCUUAACUCUAAAAGCAGGUCAGGAAAAGAGAAGACUUGUGGGAGAGUAUAUAGCAUAUUGGAAAACACAAAUAUUGAUUAAUCACUUCUGUGAAGCAUGUCUUAUCCCCAUUUUAAUGGAUAAAUGAUAUCUGCCUGAGAAGUGGUGUCCAGCACAUUAUGCAUAAGGUUCUGAGCCUGGCUUUGCCACUGAAUGGUAGGACAGUUAAGCAGAUUAAACAUCUGAACCUAUUUUCCCCUUGUGAAAAAGAGUUAUGAUUAUCAUCUCUCACAGGAAUGUCAUGAGGUAUAAAAUGUUUGAGAGUUACCUUUAAGAAUAAAACAAGGAUCAAGUCAUUGAAGCCACCCAGUGCAGCAGAGCCAGGAGUGGAAUUUGACUUCCUGAUUUACAUCACUGAUUUUUCCACUAGACUGUUCUCUCCUCUUUAUGGUCUUAUUCUGAUGAGGACAUUGAUCAGGCCAUGCAGAGCACUUUCAGCUUCAAAGUACUAAUAGUCACUAACACCAACAUAUAGGCUGUUUUUUAAGCCUUCACUAGAUACCAUACUUGAAUGGAGGCUUUCUCACACUAAUACUGGGGCAGGCAAACUACGGCCCACAUCAGACCAUUUAAUCCAGCCCUCAGCACCUGCUGGGGAACAGGGUCAGGGGUUUGCCCUGCUCUGGCUGGGGGCCAGGGGCUUUCCCUGCUGCUGUGGUUCCUGGCCAAAGGGAGCUGCAGGGAUGGCGCCUGAGGACAGGGCACAAGAGCUGCCUGGAGGGGGGACAUGCUUCUGGGAGCUGCUUUGCAGUAAGCGCUGCCCAGAGCCCCCUUGUGUAACCCAAGCCCCUCACCCCCAGUUUCAUAAGCAUUCAUGGCUCACCAUACAAUUUCCAUACCCAGAUGUGGCCCCCAAGCCAGAAAGUUUGCCCACCCCUGCACUAAUACCUAUUCACACAUUCAAAAUUGUGUACAUGCUAGUGGAGAGAAGGGUGAGUCCCCACUGGAAAUUAUGGCCUCUUAAUUAAUGCAGAGUUUUGGAAGAGGAUGUUAGAGGAUUCUUAAAAUAUGCAAAGAUUCUUAAUUUUUUUCUCCCAACACUUUAGUAUUUGACUUCAUUCUCUCCUGGAAUUUCUAAAACCAUGCUCUUCUGGCAAGAGCAGCAGUCAUGAGAAAUUUGACAAAUCAGAUGAGUUUUUAAAAAGGUAGGUUUUUUUGCAUGGGGAGGGACAAAAGUCAGGUUUAUACAAAGAAAGACUCCUUAAGUCUCCCUUGUGGAAAAACUGGAUGCUCAAAUGAAAAAAGGGAACAUUUUGAUUUGGUGUUUUAAAAGCUCCAAAAUUCAAUUAGUAGUUGUUGUAUAAACACUUCAGAACAAGAGUAUAGAAAAAGUAUACCCUUAAUUGUCAAAUUCUAGUUUCUUUUGUAAAGAAUCAUAUUAGUCUCUUAACCUCAUGUAUUUUUCCACCCUCUUAUAUGACAGCUGUACUUUAAGCUACCAACUUCAGUCUACACAUGUGUUUUAAAUUAUGGGGAUGAUUAUUAUAUUCUGUGAAUAGGAGUCUCAAUGUUAUUUUCCUUAUGUUAGGUCAUGAAGAAAGAUUAAAGUCUUGUAGUAAUGCUGAUCUUUAACUUAAUUUUUCAGUUUGGUAUUCGAUUAAUAAAGGUUUGACCACUUCUUGCAAGCUA